AUGGGUGGUGGCACAGGCGAAUGCCCGCUCGGUGAUUGCGGCCAGCCAAGUGAAGUUUCUCCCGACUCGGCUGCAAUCGAUUCUACGGCCCACGGCACUUCGGGCCCUCCCAUUCUCACUGCCCAUGCAUCCGGCUCACCUUCCGUGCCUGGAAGCGCCGUAGUGAGCGACACCGAUGCAGGCGAUCAGGCCGCCUCUCUCAUCGGCCAGGGCGCUGCUCAGAGUGCCGAAGCCGACAAGGGGCAUGAUAGCCGUCCAAUUACUCCGCCGCCGGUGCUCAUCAAGCAACUUCCCCAGCGUUCGAUCAGUAGCGGCGAUUUGGAGAGAGAGACGGACGCCAUCUAUCGCGGCCUGAUGCAGCUUGAAGCCAAAUCUAUCGUCGUGAUGGCGCAGCAUUUUGGCCAAUAUCCGGCUGCGCCUCGACUUCACAGAAUUCUGCUGGAGCUUCAUUCCAGUUUCUACUUUUCACUGCGGCCGCCUCCCACUGCAGAAGAGUCUGAGCGUUUGUCACACGCUGUUGUUCAACUUUGGCAAGAGCAUCACCAAUAUCUCCGUUCCUUGAAGCGUCCUACCGAGCCAGAAAAGCCAGGAAAGCCGCUGUGCGCCGCCGCCACCAGGCUUGAGCCGAAUCAGCUGCAGGCUCUUGUCGAGCUUCACCGCGUACUGCUGAAUGAGCAUCACGACUUCCUCCUUGCCUCGCAGCACCCUGACGCGUCGGAAGAUCUCCGGAAUCUUCCAAGGAAGUAUUACCUAGUUGAUAGGAUCUGGGAUUGCGCAAUACACACCCUCCUUGAGCUUCUGAACUGCCAGCUACCCGAGUCCAAGGAGUGUAUGAAACGGUUCAUCGGCACGGCAUACGCUAUAUUGUGUCUUUUCGAGGAGUUUGUGCCGCAGUUCGUGAACAGAUGGCUCGAAUUCAAAGGGGACUUGGCCCUAUACGAAUGGAUUGUUCUGGAGUUGCAAGAUGUGCAAGGCCACUGUGUCAGCUUGUGGUCCACCACCCGGGAGCAGUACCAUCGGGUGCUGACCCAGGACCCCACGAACGGCCGCGUCCUCAAGCAGCUGGGGAUGCUGGCGCGGCCGAACCCCGAGGGCCUACCCCACGUACACUUCGACAACGUUGUAGUCGAGCUUUUCUACUGGACCAAGGCCCUCGUUGUCAAACGCCCGUUCCAUGAUGCGCACAGGGUCAUGAUCACCGCCGCCAACCAGAUCGUCGGCCGAAAGGAUGAGGAGGAAACGGACCACAACAGCUUCCUCGCCGCCGUUGCCCACCUGGUGCUUGCUUCUGGGGCAGAGGGCGACGCGGAGCGCCAGAGGGACCAUCUUCAGGCUGUCAAUGGAGUAUUGUGGAAAGUUGGUCGAGAGCACUGGCUUGACGACCCUACUUGUAGAAUCGCUCCAAGCGCCCACCUUGGCCUCCUGCUCUGCCAGUUGCUGCUUGGAAUCCCUCUAAAGCCGGGAAGAUGGAGCCCGAUGAUGGCGACGUGGGCUCCUGACCUUGUGACGCCUCAGGAUCUCGCCAAGCUUGACAUCAAGAUGGAUAAAGCGAGCGCCAUUCACGGCGCAGCAGCCAAGAUCAUCGACCACAUGAUUCAUUACUUCCUAGAGGACGCGGACACACAGGACCUGGGGUUGUGGGCGUUCAUCAACGUGAUCUUGGUAUUCAUGCGCUCCUUCAAGACAAGACCUGCCCUGCUGAAGCGGUUCGGCCCGGCGUUUCACGCAGAGCAUCUCGUGCCUUUCCUCAACAAGCUCCUGAGCGAGGACGAGGCCCGAGGCGCUCGGGCCUUGGAAAGUGCGCGGCGGUCGCUGCUCCCGGUAACGCGCUCGCCACUCAACCCAAAGGAGAAGCCAGGCGUCUACGGAAUGACGGUCAAUGAUUCCAUUGAAAGGUACUUCCAGCGGCAGAAGGACUGUGGAGAGGCCGAGGCUGCUGGGAGCACGGCCACGGCCGGAGAGACCACGGCGCAGGAGGAGGCGAGGCGUGACCCCACAGACGACAAGGAUCCGGGCAUGGCGCCGGAUGCCGAAGGGAUGUUUUUCGACAUACUACCGGAACAUAUACUGCUGCAGGGGCACUUCUUUGCCCCAGAGGCUGAGAGCUCCUAUGACGCAUCCCAGGCUGGUGCAGGAGAGGACGUCACAGAAGUUGUCGACGCACUCGCCUACAAUAUCGAAGCACAGUCUUCAGAACAAGCUCAGGGGGAUGGCGAGAAGGGGCGAGAAGCAUGGUGGUGGCUGCGUGACCCGCCCCUCUUCCCCAUGGGUUACUUCGAGAAGUCCAAGUACAGCUUCGACGAGACACAAGUCCGCCAGGAUUGCGUUCAAGAUGCCGAGACGUGGAAUGACCGGGCAUUGCAGAUACUGUGCCUAGUUGGCCAGCUGAAAGGUGUCUUCUUCAACUUUGGGACCGACGAUGCAGGACACCUCAAGAUCAGUGCGCUCCCGGGGGUAUCCGAACCGCCGCUGUGUUUUAGCAUGACCAUGCCGGAAGUCUUCGAGCGCGACAAUGGCAGCAGGAUCGUUUUUGUCCGUCCUUACUUCUCGUCGGCCGAGAUGGAGAGGGUGAGACGGAAGGAGGAAAUGCGAAAGGGGGAAAGGCAAAAGGUCAUGGAGGCUGGCCUGACUGCUGAUGAGGCUGGUCUGACUGCUGAGGAGGCGGUGUUCGAGAAGGAAGCUGGCGGUGGCUGGACGGGAGCGGACAUGAUAGCUCUUGAGGCUCUUGAGGAUCUUGAGGAUCUUGAGGACACACAGACGGUCCAAACGGAUCAAGUCGAGUGGGGCUCUGCCACUCGGACGGACUGUUCUACCGUCAUAUAUGAUCCCAGAGAUCCAGCCCAAGAGUCUUGA